AUGACAGACGAGGAGUUCCGGCGGCACUUUCGUCUAUCCAAACUAACAGUGCGUCGCUUGUGCGACGAACUUGACCCCAUCAUCGGAUGUCAGCGAGCCAGUGGCCUUUCCACAGAGAGGAAGGUGUUGUGCGCACUGCGAUUCUUUGCAACCGGGUCCUUCCAGGAGAGUGUAGGUUGCGAAGAGUUCAUCGGCAUGUCUCAGUCCUCCGUCAGCAACACGAUUCAUGAAGUGGCGGAGGCUAUCAUCGUCCUUGGUAGGCGGCGGAAGUUGGUGGAUUUUCCGUUGACGGCGGCUGCCAAGGAAGAGGCGAAGGCGGCAUUCGCACGACUUGGCCGCAUUCCUGGUGUGCUUGCGUGCGUGGACGGCACACUGAUUGCCAUUGAGAAGCCGGAAGGUCUCAGCAAAGCGGAUACGGCGAGAUUCAUGACCCGGAAGGGUUUUUAUGCACUCAACGUUAUGAUCGUAAGUACCUCUGACUUCUCCAUAAACGUAGUCGCCAUUCGUGAGCGGCUCUCGUUGAUUUUCUUCUUCUUUACUGUGCCUGGUCCCACGAUGAAAAGAUUGCAGUGCGAGUGCAUGCUUUAUCGUCCGGAGGACUGA